AUGAUGGUCGUGAAGCCUGCCACGUCAUCAGAGCCUGCCACGUCAGCACUGCCUGCCACACCAGAAGUGCCUGCCACGUUGACAGUACAUGCCACGUCAGCAACGCAGACUGAGGAGGCGGCAAGAGCAGGUGCACGGCGAGCAGCAAGCGUGCAUUCGGACCAGGAGUGGGCGGCAGAUGAGGUGCGGAUGGCAAGCCGGGCGGCAAGUGAGAUACGGACGGCAAGAGUUAGUGGUGUGAGGGGAUGGUAUGAGGCGGAAGCAGCGGAAGCGGAAGAGGAGGCAUUAGAAACAGAGGCCGAGGAGGAGGAAGAGGAGUACUCAGAGGAAGAAGAGGAGGAAGAGGAGGAAGUUCGGGAGGAGGAGAGAGGGGAGGAGAUAGAGGAGGACGAGGCAUUGUUGGAGUUUGCUCGGCAGAUCUGCAGCCUGUCCGUGCAGCAGGUGGGUGGGUCUGCCAAGAGGGGAGCAGGUUACCCUUUCACUGCGCCAUCGCCAUCCCAAGCAGCCUCUGGGCGGCAGGGUGAGGGGCAGCGGCAGAUCUGCACCCUGUCCGUGCAGCAGGGGGGGUCGACCAGGAGCUACCCGCAGGUGCAGCAGCAGGUGGGUGGGUCUGCCAAGAGUUCUCCUUUUAUGGCGACCCACGCUGAUGGGGAUCGGGAGACUAGUGGGAGGGGGGUGGGAGCAGCCGGGGGUGGGGGGGAGAAGAGGGGGAGGGGAGGGAGGACAGGUGGAGGUGUGGGGAAGAAGGCGAGGGGAGGGAGAGAGGGUGAGGGCGAUGAUUGGCUGUUGGAGGAGAUUGAAGGGCUGCUGGGAGGGCGAGAGGGGGGGGGAACGCGGGCGAGAGAGAAGGAGGGAACAGGGGGAGAAAGGGGAGAGAAAGGGGCAAGAAAGGCAGGGGUGCGAGGGAUAGAGGGCGGAGAAGUAGCAGGAGGAGAAAGGAAGGGGGAUAAGGGGCGGAGGGAGGUUAGUGAGCUAAGCGAGGAGAUUGAGGGGAGGGGAGUGAAAGGAGGAAGAGGUGGUGGAAGGGGUAGCAGGGGGAGGGGAAGAGGGCGGAGUGGGGGGGAGGCAGGAGUUGGGGCAGAGGUGGAGGGUGGGGGAGAGAUGGGGGCUCAACAAUCAAGAGGAGGGAGGGGCAGAGGUAGAGGAAGGGGGAGGGCGACAACUUUUGGUGGUGAGGGAGAGGGAGGAGAGAGAGGGGAGGGUGGCAGAGAGGAGGGGCAAGAGGGCGGAAGGGGUAGGGGACGGGGGCGGGGAAGAGGGGGGAGAGGAACUGAGGGGAAGGGAGGGGGGAUGGAAGGGGCAAGGGGUAGGGGCAGGGGGAAGGGAGGGGGUGGGGAAGGCUUGGAGGGGGGUAAAGGAGGUAGAGGGGUUGUGGGUGUAGGGAAAAAAGGGGCGAAUAUGGGUGAAGGGAAAAAAGGGGAGAAUAUGGGUGUAGGGAAAAAAGGGGAGAAUAUGGGUGUAGGGAAAAAAGGGGAGAAUAUGGGUGUAGGCCGCCAGCGUCUGACUGCUGCUGCUGCUGCUGCGGAAGGAAGGGAAAGACGGGAAGGAGGGGAAAGGGGGGAAGGAGGGGAGGGGGGAGAAGGGGAAGAAGGGGGAGAAGGAGGGAGAGGAGGGGAAGGAGGGAGAGGAGGGGAAGGAGGGGAAGGAGAAUUGGAAGCAGUGGUGGUGGGAGGGUUUCAGUUGCCCCAGGCAGUGGUUACGGCUGGUUAUGGUGAUGGUGGUGGUGGUGAUGAGUGGAUGGGGGGUUGGGGUGAGGAUGAAGAGGGAAGAGAGUGGGGAGGAAUCGUGGCUAUGAGUGAUGCUGAUGUGGCAUUGCCGCAUGCUGAUAUGUCAUUGCCUCGUGCUGACGUGGCACAGCUGCGAGAGCUGCAGAAGCUUGCAGAGGCUCGGAGGCAGCUGGAACGGCAGCUGGGAGUUAUUGGAAGCUUCCUCCCACCUUCCUCCAGAAAGGUGGCAUCAGCAAUUGCGCCUCCUCCUGCUGCUGCUGAGUUGAGUCUAGUUCCUAUUGCUUCCACCCAUGCAUCUGCCUCUGCCUCUGUCUCUGCCUCUGCUGCUGAGUGGAGUCUAGUUCCCUUUGCUCCCACCCUUGCGCUUCCUGCUCCUGCUGCUGAGUCCAUCCAAGAGCCUUUCGCUUCUGCCUUAGCCUCCCCUGCUGCUGCUGCUGCUGCUGCUGCUGCUGCUCCUCCCGCUGCUGUUGCUCCUCCCGCUGCUGUUGCUCCUUUGGCUGCUGCUAUUGGAGAUGAGGCUGAUGCUGCUACCGGUGAUGGUGCAGCAGCACAAGCAUGUAUGGCGGUUGGGGGGGAGAAGCAAUUGCAAGGAGCGGCAGAUGGUACAGGGGCAGUAGUGGGGGCAGAGGUGGGGGUAGAGGAGGGGGCAGAGGAGACAGCAGAGGAGGAGGCAGGGGAGAGAGAAGCAUUGACAGCUCCACCUGAACUAGCUUUAGUAAUCUCGGGAGAAACGUUGGUGGUAACCGCAGCAGAAGAUUCGAUGGUAACCCCAGUGGUAGCAGGGGCGACAGCACUGGAAGCACCGCCACCAGCAGCGCCAGAGGGAGCACUGCCUGAACAAGCUAUGGUAACAUCAGGAGAAGCGAUGGUGGUAACCGCAGCUGAAGGGUCUGUGAUAACUCCUGGAAAAGUUUCGGUAACGGCAGGGAUGACAGCACCAGUGGAAGUGCAGUUACCAGCAGCGCCAGAGGGAGCACUGCCUGAGCAAGCUAUGGUAGUAUCAGGAGAAGCGCUCGUGGUAACCCGUGCUGCAGACGAUACGGUGAUAACCCCAGUAGCAGGAACAGCAGCACCAGUGGAAGCACAGCCACGAGCAGUGCCAAUGGGAGUAGCGCCUGAACAGCUGCCUGAACAAGCUAUGGUAAUAUCAGGAGAAGCGCUGGUGGUAACCGCUGCAGACGAUUCGGUGGUGACACCAGUGGUAGCAGGGGCGACAGCACUAGUGGAAGUGCCGGCAACGGCAGUGCCGGUGGGAGCACCACCUGAGCAAGCUCGUGCUCGUGCCAGCGAUAGUGCUAUGGUACUAUCAGGAGAAGCGCUCGUGGUAACCGCAGUAGCAGGGACAACAGCGCCGGUGGAAGUGCAGUUACCAGCAGCGCCAGUGGGAGUAGCGCCUGAGCAAGCUAUAAUACUAGCAGGAGAAGCGCUCGUGGUAACCGCAGGUGAAGGGUCAGUGGUGGUUCCAGCAGAAGAGUUGGUGGUAACCCCAGGAGAAGUGAUGGUGGUAACUCCAGCACAGGAAGGAGGCGCAGCGGCAGCAGCAGGAGCAGGGGAUGCUGUAUCAGUGCGGGGGGCGUUAGUGGCAACCCCAGGUGAAGGAUUGAUGGUAACCCCAGCAGCACUAGGGGCAGCAGUUGCAGAAGUGGGUGGGGAAGCCGCAUCAGGGGCGAUAGUGCCAGUCCCAGCUGAUGGGGUGGUGGUAACCCUAGUUGAAGGCUCAGUGGUAGUUCCAGAAGAAGACGUGGUGGUAACCCCAGGAGAAGGGGGAGCAGCUGCAGAAGUAGGUGGGGAAGCCGCAUCAGAGGGGAUACCACUGCUGCUGUGUGCACCACCUGGAGGAGAAGUUCCCAGUCAGGUGGAUGGUCAGGAGGCACCAGAUGUUCAGGAGAAAGGCCAGGAGAAAACAACAGAAGCUGGCCUGGGUGAACAGAGUGAUGGUGCAGCUGGAGGUUAUGGGACAGGUGGUUCUCAUAGUUCCGAGCCUACUUCCGAACCUCCUGCGGUCGCCGAACCUGCUACUGGUGAUGAAGCUCUGGCUGCGGCCACCGAACCUGCUGGCUUUCGUGCUGCAACUGCUUCAGAACCUCCUGCCGAUCCUUCCUUUCUCUCCUCUGCUGACGUGGCAGCAGUUAGAAUCGCUCUGCAGGCCAACCGUCGGUGCCAGCUGGCUCUUCACGAUUUGCUAGCGGCCGUGGAGGCUCGGGAGGGACAGGCUCGGGAGCUGCUUCGGCGCGUCAGAACCGUGGCUGGGUUCGAGACUCGGGCGAGGAAAGCUGCUAGAAGAGUGAUCGGAGGCUUGGGGGGAGGGGCAGGGUGGGGGAUAAGAGACGAAGCAGGAGCAGGAGAAGGAGCAGCAGCAGCAGGAGCAGCAGCAGUAGGAGCAGCAGGAGGGGGAGCAGGAGGAGCAGGAGGAGGAGGAGCAGGAGUAUGGGGUACGGCAGGGGGAGGGGGAGGCGAGGGGGGGGGUCGCAUCUACGGGGGGCAUGCAGCCGAGAUGCUUCUGGUGAACUGGGCCAAGCCGAGACAGAAGCGCGGGAGAAAACACAAGUACUCUUCUCUUGGAUUCGACCCGGAUCCCCAUGAUCGCAGCAACCUGGAAGCUUCCUCAAGGGAUAUGCCUGUGAAUGAGGACCAAGGGGUGUUUGAGCGGUUGAGAGGGGUGAUGCCGCUGGUGUUUCGCGGGAGGAAGUGGGGGAAGGGCGAGGUGGGUGCGUUGAGGGAGGGGGUGGAGCAGCAGGUGGUGCAGGGGAUGAUUGAGGAGGCCGUGAAAGAACGACCGGAAAUUACCCUGGAUAGUCAAUGGGAGGGGGUGGAGCAGCAGGUGGUGCAGGGGUUGAUUGAAGAGGCCGUGAAAGAACGUCCAGAGAUCACUCUGGAUAGGUCUCUACUCCAGCGAACCAUAGCAGAGAUCAAAUCGCGCCAGCUCGCACCAGAGGCCAUGCAUGCUGCCGUGGCACGAGUUGAUUGGUCGACAGUAGCAGCUGCGUUUGUGAAUCCGGCCAAUAGGAGCCUUGGAAGGGGGGUGCACCUCAGGCGUACUGCACUCGAGUGCAAAUUGAGGUGGUUGAAUGUGGACGACCCGAGCAUAACGUGGGGCGAGUGGAGCGAGAGGGAGGAGGAGAUUCUGAAGGAGGUGGCGGAGAGCAGAGGGCUGUGUGGGUGGGAGGGGAUUGCAGAGGAGGUAAACCGGAGAGUGAGGGAGGAGGAGGAGGGAGAGGACGUGGAGUGGGAGGAGGGAGGAGAGGGUGUGGGAAGGGAGAAUGAUGGGGAGAGAAGGGCGGGUGGACAAGGGGUAGGAAGGCAGAGAGGAGGGGGAGGAGGAGGGAGAGGAGUAGGGGAAGGGAAGGGGAGUGAGAAGGGGGGGAAGAGGAGGAGGAGGACUGCGCUACAGUGUCUGAUGGGGUACCAGAAGUGGUGGAACCCCCACGUGGCGCGACGCCAUUGGUCGGCAGAAGAGGACAGACAGCUGGCGGCGGCAGUGAGGCGGCACGGCGAGGUGAACUGGGCGGCAGUGGCGCUGGCGGUGGAGGGGCGGAGCGGCAGAGAGUGCUUGCAGCGCUGGCAGCAUCAUCUGCGCCACGUCAGCAGAGCAGCGUGGACCCCCGAGGAGAACGACAGGCUGCGAUUGGCUGUGGGAGUCUUCGGCACGCCCCAUUGGAGGAGAAUCGCAGCCCUGGUGCCGAACCGCACCGAGGUGCAGGUUCGGGAGCGCUGGUGCAACGUGCUCGACCCGAACCUGAGGUUCGGGCCGUGGUCUGGCGAGGAGGUUCGGCGGCUGGAGGAGGCUGUGGGGAGGUUCGGCGUGGGGAAUUGGACGAAUGUGGCUGUUGCUUGCUGGCCCAGAACGGACUGCCAGUGCAAGAGGCAGUGGCUCAAGAUGCAUCGAAAAGGAGAGAGGCAGAAGAGACGGAGGCUAGGAGAUGCAGCAGAGGAGGCAGAUGGAUCGCUGCAUGGUGUGGCGGCAACAGGGGGAGCCACACCAGCAAGUGCAGUCACACCAACAAGUGCAGUCACACCAGCACAUGCAGCAACGGCACCGCCACAUUUAGUCCCCACGCAACCACCAAAUGCAGCAGAGGAGGCAGAUGGAGCGCUGAGUGGUGUGGCGGCAGCAGGGGGGGUCACGCCUGCACAUGCAAUAGCAUCUCCUCAUGCAGUCACAGCAUCAAUUGCAGGAACGGCACCACCGGAUAUAGUCACACCACCACCGCAUAUAGUCACACCACCAGCGAUUAUAUUCACACCACCAUCAAAUAUAAAUGCAGGAGCAAGUGGUAGUAUUGGUGGUGCUUCUGCUUCUGUUACUGCUGGUGGCAGUGCAGGUGCAGAAGGAAUUGACGGAUUGCUGUUACCAGCACCAACGCAGGUCGCAGCAACCGUGUCAGGAGCACCAACAGCACCAAUAGCACCACCACCAGUACCCACAGCACUACAGUCAGCACCCACAACGCCACUUUCAGCACCAGUAGCAAGAACAGCGCCGCCGAUUGCAUCGGGUGCUUCUCCUGCAGCUUCUGCUGCCCCCGCUCCUGCCAGUUUACCUGCUUCUCCUACGAACCCUGCCCCUGCUCCUGCUGCUCCGUCCCUCUCUGCUACUCUUACUAAUCCCCUCUCUGCUCCUUACUCCCCUGCUCGCUCUGACCCUCCCCCUGCUCCUGCCCCCUUUGCUUCUGCUGCUCCUCCUGCUCCCCCUGCUCCCCCUGCUCCCCUUGCUCCCCUUGCUCCUGCUCCCCAUGCUACUGCUCCCCCUGCUCCUGGCCCCCCUGCUCCAACCCCCUCUGCUACUGCUGCGUCUCUCCCGUCCCCCUCUUCCCCACCUCCCCCUCCUCCCCCUCCUCUCCCUCCUCCCCCUCGACGUCGAUUCCUGAGAGCACCGGGGGAUUCCAGGGGGAGGGGGAAGAAGAGUAAAGGGGGAAAGGCGGAAGGGGGGAAGGCCAAGAGGAACAAAGCCGGGGCAGAGGGGGGAAAUGGGGAGGAUAUGGUGGAGAAGGGGAAGGGGGAAGGGCAAGAGGAGGGAUCAGUGACAGGUGAUGUGGAGGAGGAGGGAAUAAAUGUGUCACAGAGGCUAUUGAAUCGGGUGGAAGAAGGAGAGGAGCAAGAGGAGAGAGGGAGACAGGAAGGAGGGGAGGAGCAAGAGGAGAGAGGAGAGGAUGAAGAGGGCAGGAGUGGGCUGGGAGAUCUGAAUGGGGGAUUCAGGGGUGGAGGAGGAGGAGGAGGAGGAGGAGGAGGAGGAGGAGGAGGAGGAGGAGGAGGAGGAGGAGGAGGAGGAGGAGGAGGAGGAGGAGGAGGAGGAGGAGGAGGAGGAGGAGGAGGAGGAGCUGAGCGAAGGCAGGAGGGAGAAGAGCAAGGGGGGCAGGGAAUUGAAGCCUGGGUGAGGAAGGCUCGGAGCAGUAAACCGGUGCGCCGAUCUAGAUUCAGUAGAGGAGGCUUGGGAGUGGCUGGGGGCAGGAGAGGUUCGCAUGCAAAUGGUUUGGAUGGCUCUGAUAUAGGCAACAGUGCGGUUGGGUGCGGUGCAGAUGGUGUUAGCAACGGUUAUGCUGGUGCUGGUGCUGUUGCUGAAUCUUCUGCAGUGGCUAAUGCAUCACUUGUAUCGGAAUGGCUGAGAAAGAGGCGGGCAGACCAGGAAGAAAAUAUCUCCAUGGGGUCGAGAAAGAGACGGGCAGCUCGAGAUGAGAAUGUUUUGAAACACCAGGAGAAGACAAGAGGGGCAGCAGAACGGGCACCUGAAGAGAAUGGAGGGUUGGGGAGGAGGCUGGGUGAGUCUGAGAUAGGUGGAAAGAGUGGGAGAGGGAGGGGGAAGGGGAGGGGGAGAGGGGGGAGGAGGGGAGGGAUGAUGGGAGAGAGUGAGGGGGUUUGCAUGGAGGGUGGUGCUGGGGAAGGGGGAACGGCAGGAGGAGAGGAAAUGAGAGGAGCAGAGGAGCUUGGGGAGGGAAAGAGGGGAAGGGGGGGGAAGGGAAGAGGUGGAAAGGCAGGAGGGAAGGAGGGGAAUGCAGGGGGGAGAAGAGGGUUGGGAAGGGGAAGCGAGGGGAGAGGGAGGGGUGGAGGGAGAGGGAAGGGGAGGCAACCGGUUGGGGUUUCUGGUGGUGGGGUGGGUGGAAAAGAUGGGUAG